GCGUGGACUCUUCUCACCAUGGUAACAGACCGCGCUCGAGCGGCUGAAGCUAGCGAGCAGAGCAGAUUAGCAUCACAGCUUGGUGACGUUUAACUGCGUAUUUUAUCCGGGUCGCCACUUUGAAGAUGGGUGUGGCUCUGGCACGAGCGCUCCAGUGGGGCAAACCUGACCGCUCCAAAACCUCUGAGCUGAUGGAUACGCCGCUAAACGAAGCUUUACUGAAGCAUAUGGUCUACUUCGUGGAGCAGUUUAGCACCAAACACCCACAUGAAGCUACGCUGCCAUUCACAGAGCCUCUGCAGUGGAGAACCUCUCUGCAACCUUCUGAUUUCCACUCUGAAUAUGACGUGAGUGACUCUUCAGUGCAGUCCCAGGAAACCGAUCCUGACGGACAUCCUCUCCUCCACAUGACGGCUCCUGACAUCUCCGUGCGCAGCUUCGGUCAGCUCUCCAAGCUCCUUCUGCUUGCUUAUGACAGAAAACUCAAGGAGGUGCAGACUUGUUUAGAAGCUAACAGGAACCCUGUGGAGAAAAUCCUUGGGCCUGACAUCGGCACAGACGAAGAACAGGAGUCAACCGAGGCCAGAUUCCGACUCCAGCUCAUCCUGCAGCAGUUGGACACACAGCUACUCGACAGCUCCAUUCAGCAUUUCUCACAGGACGUCAGGCUAAAUCCCGCUGUUGUAAAAAGUGAAGUCGAGCUGCUGCAGGGCGUGUUUAGAAAGGAGCAACGGCUAAAAUCUGUGCGCUUCACAUCAGAUUACGAGUUCAGCAACGGCUGCCGCUCACCCCCUUGGAGGCAAGUGCACGGAGAGCUGGCGUAUCUCGUCAUCGAGACGUGCGACAGGGGCUCGCUCUUCAUCACAUGCAGCACAGACGGAGUCUUUCUCAAUGCGGGCAUCGGUCACGACGAAGACGAGAGUGCUUACGUCAGAAAGAGUGAUGUGUACAGAGAUCUGGUCACGCUUCUCAAGAACAUGUCUCCUUAUUUUGCCGAGGACAUCAGGAAGCAGGACGUUCGAGAAGAACCUCAGACCACGCGAGAAAUCCCACAUGUGGAAGCCGUUGAUCUGGAGGAAGCGGGCCAAACCCAGAGGUCUUACGAGCGCCGGGAAAAGAAUGCGCACGGGAAGCCGAGACGAGAGCCCGCGCCGAACAAGAACCUGGAGCCGUCUUUAACGUGGAAGAAGCUCGGUGUGACGUCCCCUCAGGAGAGUCCAGGUGGAGGAACAGGAGCUGGAGUCUUUAGUGAGAGCUCCUCCGAGAGCGAUGAUGAUGAAGAGCAGACUGAGAGACGAGGAGAGAGUCACGCGGAUGUUCCCUCUGAGUACUGGCACAUUCAGAAACUCGUCAAGUACCUGAAGGGAGGUAAUCAGACAGCCACAGUGAUCGCCCUGUGCUCCAUGCGGGACUGUAACCUGGCGCAGGAGGCGUGUCAGCUGGCCAUCAGAGACGUGGGGGGGCUGGAGGUCCUCAUCAACCUGCUGGACACCGACGAGCUCAAGUGUAAAAUCGGCUCUCUGAAGAUCCUGAAGGAGAUCAGUCAAAGCUCUCAGAUCAGACGAGCCAUCGCCGAUUUGGGCGGGCUCCAGACCAUGGUGUCCAUCCUGGACUCCCCCGAUAAAGAGCUGAAGUGCCUGGCAGCCGAGACCAUCGCCAACGUGGCGCGGUUCAGGCGAGCGCGCAGGACCGUGCGGCAACACGGCGGCAUCCGGAGACUCGUCGAGCUGCUGGACUGCGUUCCCGACUCGACAACACUGAGCCCAGAGCAGGAGAAGGAUGUGGAGGUGGCACGCUGCGGUGCUCUGGCCCUGUGGAGCUGCAGUAAGAGCUCCAGGAACAAGGAGGCCAUCCGUAAAGCCGGGGGGAUUCCUCUGCUCGCCCGCCUGCUCAAGUCCCCUCAGAAGAACGUUCUAAUCCCUGUUGUGGGCACGCUGCAGGAGUGCGCCUCGGAGAGGAGCUACCGGAUCGCCAUACAGAGCGAGGGGAUGAUUGAGGAUUUGGUGAGGAACCUCAGCUGUGACAACCAGGAGCUUCAGAUGCACUGCGCGAGUGCCAUCUUCAAGUGUGCAGAGGACAAGCAGACAAGGGAUCUGGUGCGGCAGUACAACGGCCUACAGUCGCUGGCUACUUUGCUGAAACGAGCCGACAACAAGCAACUGCUCGCUGCCACCACCGGGGCCAUCUGGAAAUGUUCAAUUAGCAUGGAGAACGUGGCCAAGUUUGAGGAGUACAAGGUGCUGCAGAUGCUGGUGGAUUUGCUGUCAGAUCAGCCUGAAGAGGUUUUGGUCAACGUGGUGGGGGCUCUAGGAGAGUGCGCCCAAAGACCCAUCAACCGUACCACCAUCCGAAAGAGCAAUGGCAUCCCACCCCUGGUCAGCCUGCUCACUGGAACCAACCAGGCCCUGCUAGUCAACGUCACCAGGGCUGUAGGAGCCUGCGCUACGGAUCGAGAGAACAUGGCGAUCAUCGAUCGUCUGGAUGGCGUGCGUCUGCUCUGGUCCUUGCUGAAGAACCCGAACCCUGUGGUUCAGGCCAGUGCUGCUUGGGCCAUCUGCCCCUGUAUUGAGAAUGCAAAGGAUGCUGGAGAACUGGUGCGUUCCUUUGUGGGCGGCUUGGAGCUGAUUGUCAAUCUGCUGAAGUCUCCGAACGCAGAGGUGCUGGCCAGCGUGUGCGCGGCCCUAUCCAAAAUCGCCAAAGACGAGGAGAACCUGGCUGUCAUCACCGACCACGGGGUUGUGCCCAUGCUCUCCAACCUCACCAACACCUCUGACGAUAAGUUGCGGAGGUAUCUGUCCGAGGCCAUCGCUCGCUGCUGCAUGUGGGGUUCUAACUGUGCGGCGUUCGGCGAGGCGGGCGCUGUCGCUCCCCUAGUGCGCUACCUGAGCUCGAAAGACCCCAAGGUGCACCAGGCUACGGCUCAGGCCCUCUUCCAGCUCUCCAGAGACCCGAACAACUGCAUCACCAUGCACCAAAGUGGCGUUGUCAAGCUCCUGCUCGGCAUGAUGGGAUCCACAGACGAGAUGCUGCAGGAGGCGGCUGCCAGCUGUGUGGCCAACAUCCGGCGCCUGGCGCUGGCCAAUGAGAAGGCCAGGUACGGGUAACAAACCCCAACACCUGCACCCGGUCCUGCGGAGACGCUCCUGUGAGACUCGUCAACGUAUAAACCAGGAAAUGUGAAAAUAUAUAACGCUUUCCGUUCUUUCCUCAUUAAUGAUUAAAUAAUCUGAAACAUGG